UCCCUACAUGCGAUUGAUCAAACUUUAUGUAAGCUAAAUCAAUGGUUGUUUCAAAUGAAUUUUGAAAUUAUUAAUGAAAAUAAAAUUUUCUGCCCAAGUAUUUAUUUAUAUUUGAGUUCCUAAAGCGCCAUACAUCUUUCGAAAUUCCAGUGUUUUUAAAAUUGAAUCCUAAUAUCAUCUCUAUACUCCCUCUGCUGCUUCGGAUUCUUUAGUCUUGAUGGGCGGUUACUCCUUGCUCUGGGUAUUUUUCUUUACCAAGUCCAACAUAUAUUCAAAGAUUCUUUAAACUCAUCUCAAAUAUCCAUAUUCGAGACUCACACUUUUAAGUUAAAUAAAUAUGAAUUCUCAAUUUAUCUGCAUUUCUUUCAGACCCAUUUUAGUGUUUUUCUGGUUUCACAGUUUUUAGUACGGAACACUUUGCGGCGUUUCGCAAAUGGGUGAGAUUGAUACCAAACCUAUUGAACCUGUUAAAGUUGCAAUAUCUUUAUUUGGUGAAAAAAGUGAUCAGUUGAGACGCCGGUCAAGCAGCAGCGAUUCAGAUAUGGAAAAAGAGAAAAACACCGAAGGGUUAGAGAAGGAAUUGGCCAACUACAGGCUGCAAAUAGAAGCAAAGGACUCUGCAUACAUGCAGGCUCUUCUUCAACUAGAACACUACAAGAAAACAGCAGAAGAACUUGCUGUCCUACUAAGGAACUCCGAGCACGAGAGAGAUAGAUAUAUAGAAGAAUGCAAUGAAUUCAAGAAUCGGGUCGAUGAACUCGAAUCGAAGACGAAAGGGAUGGUAGAUCAGUUGUCUGAAACAGCAAAGGUGCGCGAGCAGCUUUCGUGUGUUUUAAAUGAGCUGAAGGUUACACAAGCUGAUGUACUUAAUAUGGAAUCACAACUUGCUGCUGCAAAAGAUUUAGAGAUCAAGGCAAUUACGCAAGCUGAAAUUAUGGAAGUCUCCGCUAACAUGGAAAUGGAAAGAUCUGAAAAACUUUUAGGGCGCAUUGCGGAGCUUCACGAUGCUGUUCUUAUUUCGCAGCUUUCUGCCACUGAAGCUGAGAAUGAAAAGUGCAGAGUUGUGUCUGAGAAAGAUGCUGAAAUGGAGGCAAUGAAGGCGACAGCAUUUCAAGCACAAGAAGAGAUGGAAGAUCUGAGAAAACAGUUGGAAACAAUUCGAGAACUCGAGAAUAAGCUCGUAGCCAAGACCGCAUAUAUCGAGUCAUUGCAGGCAAAGCUUGAGCAGGUAAGUAAUGUACUCAAUUCAAUGGAGAAUGCUAGUUUGGACGGCGGAAUUGAUCUAAACCAAAUAAAACAAGACUUGGAGUUCAAGGAAAGAAAGAUAUCAGAUCAAGCAUUUUAUAUUGAGGCGUUGGAAACGGAACUUAAACGAUUAAAACUUGAACUGGAAAAUGCUAAUCAAGUGGCAAAGAACCUGAAGAAUGAUGCACAAGUUUCACACCAUUUUGUUCAAACAGAGAAGUGUGUUGAUCAUAUAAUGAUCUCGGUCGAAGAAUACAACUCUUUGAUCCGAAAAGUUGAGAAGGCAGAUGAAUUUUCAAGGUCUUCAGCAGAAGGUUUUGAUCAGUUAACCACAGAGUCAGUAAGCAAGAACCAAGUUGAAGCUUUGAAGAAACAAUUGGAAGUUGCAAUGGCGAAAAUCGGGUUGUUCCGGAACCGAGCAGAACAAGCGGCUACGAGGGCAGAAGCAGCGGAGAAAGCCAAAGCAACAGCAGAGGAACAGCUGAGGAAGUGGCAAUUACAAAAGCAGAGAAGAAGAGCUGCUUUAGCUGCCUUAAGAGAGGAGUCUGCACCUAAAGAGUUCUGUCUGCCCACCAUUGAAAAGUUACCCACAAAACAUCAGCCAUUGGGUAAAGUUCUUAACAUGAACUUCUAGUGUAAGAAAACUUUUCAGAAAUAUAUAUAGUUGUGAGUGAUAGAUAAAAAAGUUCAAAGCUGCCAGUUCUAAAGACUGAAAUUAUCAUGUUGGUCCAUUUUCAUGGAAGAUAUUAUAUCCAUAAUGGUAAAUCUAU